AUGUCCUGGCUUUUUGGAAGAGCCACCAAGAUAGGAAACCGCAAGCCAUGCACUCACUACUACAGGCAUCUCUUGGCUUUCAUCUUUGCCAUCGAUGAGAUAAACAGUAAUCCGGAUCUUUUACCCAAUGUGACUCUGGGAUACCAUGCGCUCGAUUCCUGCGGAGAUGUGAAUAAAGCCAUAGACAAUGUGUUACAGAUAUUAUCCGGACCCUCUAGGACUGUCCCCAAUUACUCCUGUAGAGGUCACAGCCAACUGGCUGGGGUUAUUGGAGAUCUGUCUUCAAAAACAUCCUUACAAAUCGCCACUAUACUGAGCCUGUACGGCUACCCACAGAUUCCUCGUUCUCGAUGUUCUGAAGAUUGUCCUCCUGGCUACAGGCGAGUUUUGCACAAAGGGAAACACAACUGCUGCUUUGACUGCGUCCCGUGCUCAGAAGGAGAGAUCUCCAACACAACAGAUGGAGAGUCUUGCCAAAAGUGCCCAGAAAACCAGUGGCCAAAUGAGAAGAAGGAUACUUGUGUUCCGAAACCCACUGAAUUUUUAUCCUUCAAAGACAAUUUGAUUGCAUUGGUUUUUAGCAUUAUAUCAGUUUUUAUGUCUGUCAUAACCUCCAUUAUCUUGGUUAUAUUUAUUUUCUACCGAGACACCCCCAUUGUCAGAGCUAAUAAUAGAAAUCUCAGUUUCGUCCUCCUGGUGUCCAUCAUCCUGAGUUUCCUCUGUGUGUUUCUGUUCCUCGGUCGUCCUGUGGAUAUAACCUGCAGACUACGACAAACUGCUUUUGGGAUCCUCUUCUCGUUAGCUGUGUCUUCUCUGUUGGCCAAGACCAUCAUGGUCUGCAUCGCUUUCAAAGCCACCAAACCCGGCAGCAAGUGGAGAAAAUGUAUUGGAGUCAAAAUACCCAAUUUUGUUGUGUUUAUCUGUUCAUUUAUUCAGGUUUUAAUUAGCAUCUGCUGGUUGUCUAUUUCCCCUCCGUACCAGGAAAUGAACACUCACUCCUACCCUGGAAAGAUCGUUAUUCAGUGUAAUGAGGGGUCAGCAGUUGCCUUUUACACUGUUCUGGGGUACAUGGGCUUCCUGGCCGCUGUGAGUUUUGUUGUCGCUUUCCUGGCCAGGAAAUUACCGGACAGUUUUAAUGAAACCAAGUACAUCACCUUCAGCAUGCUGAUCUUCUGUAACGUCUGGAUCUCUUUUAUCCCGGCUUAUAUGAGCGUUAUGGGCAAAAACACAGUGAUUGUAGAGAUUUUUGCUAUAUUAGCUUCUAGCACUGGAAUUCUGGGCUCUAUAUUUUUCCCAAAAUGUUUUAUCAUUUUGGUGAAUCCCAGCAUGAACACAAAGAGACGACUGCUAAAUGCAGGAUUUUAA